CAACAACCCGCGGCCAUAGUGCAGUCCUGCUGCUGCGGCGGAUCAGCUGGUGAGGGGCUGCUGCCAGGACCUUGAGGUGUCUUAAGCAUCACCGACAGGAUGAUUUACAUCAUAAUGGGAGUGUCAGGAUCUGGAAAAAGCAGUUUAGGGACGUUCCUAUCUGAAAAGCUUGGAUGGCCCUUGCAUGAAGGUGACAACUUCCACCCACAGAAGAACAUUGAAAAGAUGACUCGUGGUGAACCACUUACAGACCAGGACAGAUUGCCUUGGCUUCUUAAGCUGCACGAAGUCAUUGACAGAGAACGGUGUUCAGACUCUGAUGCGCUUGUGGUGUGCUCUGCUCUGAAGCUUCAGUACAGACGGAUCCUUCUCUUUGGCUCCACAGCUCAGGCUCCUUCUUCCAGCUACCAGCAAGACAUCUCGCCUCUAUCUUUGCCCGAUGUGUUUUUCCUCUAUCUGGAUGGGGACUACGAUCUCAUUCAAACGAGGAUGGUGGCCCGGAAAGGACAUUACAUGAAACCAGACCUGCUGCGUUCCCAGUUUGAUGCUUUGGAGCGUCCAUUUGAUGAGGAGAACGUGCUGGUGCUGGACAUCAGGAAGAGCAUAACAGACAUAGCUGCAGAAAUUGAAAAGCAUGUCAUCAGUCAGAGGACAUUAUCAGCAAUGAAGUCGUAACCAUGGUAGCAAACGGAAAGAGAAGUUCUGUCUCCAUUUUUUUAUGUAUCAGUACCCCUUUUCUCUGACCUAAGGGGGGCAACAAAUCACACAAAAGUUCACAUGUAGGACUCUGGCCUAAGACACAAGUGCAUCUUUAGUGGGGCACCUCCAGUGCCCCAGAGUUAUUAGCACAGUGUUUUCAGUGUUGUCAUAACAGCACAUUUAUACACCUCCAUGUGGUCAGAGAAGGUAUUGCUACAUAGAGUGGCUUUAUGUGCCUUAACAGCUGCUGUAAAUUACAUUUUCUGUAUAUAUUUAAGGUCAGGUUGGACACAUUUUAAUAGCUUUUUUUGAUUUUAUGUCUUAUGUCUAAUUAUGAAUGCAUUGGGUAAAUGUAUUUAUUUAUUUUUAUUGUAUGAGACAGGGUUUUUUGUUAGGGUUGGUACAGCAGUCACAGAAAUGAUCAGAUAUGUAUAGAUCUAUGUUCAUUCCAGUUAAAUGAAGUAACAACAGUCUUUAAAAAAUUCAGAUAACAAUUCAUGUUUUAUUUAAUGAAAAAAAGGAGCAGGAGAAGAAGAAGCCGUAAGUUUUAGGAAUUGCUGUGUUGCAGAACAAGAGGACGAGCUUCGGAUGCUGACUGCCACUUCUCCAGCUCCACACUCAGCUCCACGGUCAGUGGCUCCGGCUGGACAUGGUCCUGGUUGUCUGUGUGAACAGCCUCAUCUCCAUCUUCAGUUCCUUCACCUCCAUCUGUCACGCACACUUUAAAAAACCACUCAUGUAAAUAUCCACACUGACAAACAUAGUUUAUGAAU